ACGGAUCUUCCAUCUCGGAGCAACAUCACCCUGCCCACGUCCCCAACGCAGCACAGCGCGGCGUUUCUUCCUAGCGCGAGCAGCGAGCGCCAUUCCCCGAGCUUUUCUUUUUUUUUUCCUCACCGUUUCCCGAGUUAAUAAUAACUGCCAGCCUGCCGCCACCGGAAAAUAGCGGCGAGCAAGAGCAAACCCAAGGGAAAAGGGGGGUUAGCCAUUUUCCACCCCGUUUCUCAAUCUCUAUCCGGCAGCGGGCAAAGGUUUUCUUCCCCUCGCCAACCUAGUCCGAGGUUUUCGGUUCCGAUCAGGGCCCCAGCUCGCCAUGGCGACGUCGUUCGACCGCUGGGAGAAGGACCCCUUCUUCACCGCCGCCGAGGAGGUCCAGGAAUCCGCCGAUCGGAUGGAAUCGGUGUACAAGAUAUGGGUGCAGGAGAGGAGCGGGGGCGAUCCGCAGGCGGCGGCCGUCGGCGGAGAGAUCGCAGACGUGGAGCUGCGCCGCGAGCUACGCACUGCUCUCGGCACCGCCAAGUGGCAGCUUGAUGAACUUGAGCGAGCAAUUAGAUCAAACGACGAGAUUGUCUCAGCAGGAAAGGAUACAAGAUCACGUCAUAGUGACUUUGUUGAGGCAAUUGGCCAUCGGAUAUUAGAGGUUGAGAACAACUUGAAUGAAUCCAAUGUUGCAGAAGGCAGGGGCACACUAAGCUGGAUUCACUUGGAUGACGAUGAACGAGAUGACCUUGCAGCUUUCCUAUCUGCAAGCCCUCUUCAACAGAAAGAUAAAGUUGUUUCAAUUCCAUCUGCCGGUGAUAUUCAAGUGGGCAGCAAUGCAACAAGGCUAAGGCAAAAUAUUUCCGCUGAGAGCUCCAUUGAUUCAUCUGCCUCUGCAGAUUUGAGUUUAAUGAGAGCAAAAGAAGAUAUGCAUCGUGGGCACAGAAGGUCAGUAAGUGCAAAUGCUGAUAUUGGAUCGUCGACUAUAUCAUAUCCCAAUGAAUGGGAGGGUGCUGCUGAGCAAUCAUCUGAUGGCCCACACAAAGCACCUCUAGCGCAUAUUGUGAAAACGUGUGCACUGACAAGUGCCUUGAAAUCUAAGCCAGGAAUUAAGUACAAAAAUGGAGCUGUGAGGUGGGCACGUGCGGACAAACAGGAUGUGGAAGAGGCAAUCCCUCUCAGAAGUUCUCAAUUGAGUCAGGGUUUAGAUGGGUACUCUGAGAAAAGCAAGGGUUGCUUAAAUACUUGCGAUGGGCCUACAUGCAAUAAGAAACAAUAUGGUUGGCUUGGAGCACUGCAUAGGCGGCUUCAGAGGUCACAGUAUCAAAUUCGAUAUGGGCGUCCUAUUCAAUUAAUUGUGUUUGCACUUGCUGUUCUCAUAAUAUUUGUGUGUGUAUUGUGGACAAUAUGGUGAGAAAUUUGCAAGGGCUCAUUAUUGGGUUUGGAAGGCCAGAUCAGCAGCUUAAAAAGGCACCAUUCGUUGCCUUUCAUUAUAAGCUUAGCGAGGAGCUUGAGGCAUGCACAUAUGGGAACCAUCUCACGCCGUUUCUGGGAGUACACGUUGAAAUGAAUGAAGACCGAUGAAAUUGGAGCAACUCACAUAUAGAGCAGUGGGGAUGAAAUUGGAGCAACUCACAUAUAGAGCAGUGGGCUUCACCAUUGCAUCUGCACAGGACGGUGUGUGUCGAUUCUCACUAUCACCAGUUGACGCCUUCUUAAUGGUAUGCUCUGAACUUUAAAUUAGUGAUGUGCUGCACUGGUAUCAUGCAGGUGCAGCUAGCAACAGAAAUGCGACUGUAGAAUGUUGAUCAUGCAAUUGCCUUUGAGGCCUAACUGAGAGUUGGUUCGGUCGUUAAUUCUCUGUGUGUGUUUUUUUACUGAACCUGCCACAAUUGGUUUCAGACACAAUGGGGAUAGGUUGUGAAGUGACAUGUAUGGAAGAUGCUAGAAUAAUUGUAACGGAAUCUGCUUGACCUGUGUAAUAAUACAUAAACAGCAGAGUUACAAGCUCGGCCAUUCUAUUUGUUUA